ACUCCAGUUGCUCUCGAUGUGAGCCCCAAUGAACUUCUGAGUUUUCAGGUCCUUCUUUUUCCGCGGAUUUUCUAAUUAAAAGCGAGAAAGCCAGCGCGCAGAGAGGAUGCAGCAGACAAGACUGGUGAUGCUGUCAAGGUCACUCAUCUGUACGGGACAAUUUAGUACUCAGACAUAACUUUGAAUUCGUCAACUCCGCAAGAAUUUUGAUUGGAUUUUUUACGCAUUUUAAAAAUAUAUAUAUAAUAUUUUGGUCUUCUGAGAUCCGCCUCCUCCCUCCCCUCCGGGCAGUGCGUCUCCACUGCACCGCCAUGUGUGCGCUGCUGCCGGCUUGGCUGUGCUUGCUGCUCGGCUUCCUGCCACUGGAGAUCCACUCCCGGGCUUUGACUCUGCAGAGCCUCACUCACAGACAAAGGUUGAGUUUACCCAGAGUGUCUAAAUACCCAAAGUCAUCUUACAACGCCAUCAUGCCCACUGCGUCUGACCUCUCCGUUGCCAUUGACAACCACAUCACGCAGGGAGAGAGACAUAUCAUCUGGAGGGCCCGGCUCCACAAAGAGCCCCCGCCGAGGUUGUCCGACCCGUUGCUUGACCAGAGUGAUAAUGUGCUACAGGAAGAGCCAGCCUGGCAACGUGGGUCACGGGGUCGUCGCCAUGCCAACAGUGGCGGCGGAAGGGGCCACGGACAUCUCAUGAGGGUCGGGUGUGUCCUGGGCACCUGUCAGGUUCAGAACCUCAGCCACCGUCUCUACCAGCUGAUUGGACAGAGCGGGAGAGAAGACUCCUCCCCCAUUAACCCUCGCAGCCCUCACAGCUACGGCUAAGACCACACCUCGAAUCUAGCCAGGCGCCUUUUAUUGACAAACGUUGACAAGUUACCCAGGUCCUUUGUUGCAUCAGUAAACAUAAUCGCUGGCUGGAUUAUGUUUUUUGAGUGAGUGAAGAGCUACCUUUAUAUAAAUCACAGGGAGGUGGUCAGAGUGGACAGCAAGCAUACAAAGCGUCACAUAUUGGUGUGUUCAGUAACUUGCCAGGUACACUAAUUAACAACAUUUUCUCAUUAUAUUAAUAGAAAAUGUCAGUCUCUCAAAACAUAUUGGCUGUUCCAAAUUAGUAGUAUAUACAGGUAAUUUCUAGGUAACAACCCUGGUCAUCAAUCAGUGAUGUCAACAAUCGAUCAAACAAUGAUGAAGAUGAAGAUAAUUAUGGUUUAAUUUGGGGUCUUAUAUUUGUAGUUUUGAGUAUCAUUCUUAUUGGUAAUAACAUUUUCUUUACAUUACACAAUAACAUUGUACUAAGAUCUUGGAGUGGGGCAACAUUGCUAAAAAGAAGUCAGACCGUGCAAGAAACACAAUCAGACAGAUUUUAAAUAAAUCUCCAGGUCGGCCAAACAGGGCGAACAAAGGGGAAUUAUCACCCAAAGUACACCUGCUCAGACACAGUUACUAGUUUGCCAACAUAGCGGAGCAUUUAGCAGCUAAAGCAUGUCCAUUGUAUUUUUUGUACUACGGUAUAAGAUAGCCAGAAGUAAACAUGCCAGCAGCCCCACGUGACCCUUACUUUGCAGUUUGUAUCGGUGCCUCAAGAGACAUCCCACAGUUUACAGGCCAACAGUUAGGUUUUUACCUCCAGAAUAAAGUGGUUUAGAUAAACCGGCUAAACUUUUAGCUUGUGUGAUCAGUUGACUGAGAAGACACAUUGGGUUUCUUGCGCCAUCAGACUCUGAUGUAUAGAUGUUACCAUGUUCCCAGAUCUAAGCAGUUCUCUGGUGAGUACAAUGUUAUAAUAACCUGUGGAUGAUGAUGGUAAAUACGAUGAAAAUAAGUUAUAAUAAACCAGUAUAUCUGUAUUUUUCACAUCAUGUUUCCUUAAAGAAGUGUUAUUGCCCAUUACCACCACUUAACUGCGGUGAAACGAGUCCUAGGGUUUUUAGGAUUUAUAUAGUAACUACCAUUGAGACAGUAUAUAUAAACAAGAAGAACUGUGAUCCAGAGAAGCCUCUUUAAAACUGGCCUACCUGACUAAUGUCUACUAUCGUCAUCAAUGGUGAUCCUGCUGAUCUGAAUUUACCUGAGCUCCGAGCUAAUCCACGCUGUUCCUUAAAAGCACCUUCAGCUCCCUCUGCGAACAAGUAGCUUUACUUCACUGGGGACAGAAACCAAGAAUAACCUCCAAUCAAACCCAGUUAACCCUUCACCCAAAACCCCACAGUGCGCACAGUUAAAAUAACCACUAACCCUAAUCCAUCAACUGUCUGUAUGCUUCUUAACAGAUAGCUUGUCCCUUAACAAGUAAACCAGAAAGAGGACAACUACGCUGUAGAGUGAUUUUUUACCUGCAAACUGCAUUAUUCUGAUAAGUCUGUUUUUGAGCCUUAAUUGGUUUCAUCAUUUGCCUUAUAUUGUUUUGCCUAUCACCUAUACAAAUUAAGCAUUAUGGUAAAUGUUGACUAUUAAAGUGUUAUUUGAAACCUUAUAGUCGUAGUCCCUAUAGAAUGAUGCUAGUUCAUUAUAACUGCAGUUUCAGUAGUUGUUCUUACUGGUUAAACGUUAAUAGGAAUGCAUAAAAGCACUUUAUUGUUCUUUACAUUCAGUAUGACUUGAAUUUUAAAAAUGUGUUAUUUAACUUAAAGUAAAUGAGAUCGUUUUGCUGUAAAUAUCCCACGUUACUAAAUCUUUCAUGUCCAUGAGUUCCUUCAAGGUACAAGUGUCCUUUUGUAAAACCGCCUGUGUUGCUUUCAUCUAAUACUUUGUUUUUACAGUAGCAGAGUUGUGUAAUAAAACUCCAGUCAAACCUC